AUGUUAAAGGCUCUGGUGUUUCCCAACCAGCUCUAUGAGGUUGUUUUUGAGGAGGAGCUUUCCACAACCAGCAUCUCCGUCCGCCUGUACGGAGCAGCUUUGCUCAGCUUGGCCCUCAUUAUGUGGAAUGGUCUCUACACGGCAGAAAAGGUCAUCAUCCAGUGGACGCUGCUCAGUGAAGCCUGCUACUUUGCUGUCCAGUUUCUGGUGACGUGCAUCACCCUGAUGGAGAUCGGCAUUCUGCCCAACGCCGCCAUGCUCCUGCUCCUCAGUCGAGUUCUCUUCUUCGUGGUCACCAUUGCUUACUAUUACCACCUGGGCCGUAAACCAAAGAAGAUGUGAGCCGACCUGUGGGACACUUAUGAUGGGGGGGGAUGAGCACAAAUCACAGCUGAGAUUUGGACGAGGGUCUAAUUACUUUUUAAGCAAAUGCCCUCAUACCCCCUUUCUAUGGGACCAAGCUUCCUGUAACCCCCCACCCAGGUGAUACGAAGCUGAUGAGCAGCGUCACAUUUCUACCCUCACAAGAACAAGAACCGUCGCCAUGACACCGAGCUGCUCUUUAAACUGGCCUGUGAGGUCACAUUCCUCCUCUGCAUAGCUCCGAGCGCCGUUGUUACAAAGCAGGACCUUAGCAGUAUGCUUGUAAGCAGCCACCUAGAUGUAUAAUUUUUAAAUGUACAGACUGCUUUAUACCACCUGCUGAUAUUUCUGUACAGCUAUAUGAUGUCCAGAUGAAGUAUUUCAUGUUUUUUUAUUCAUCUAAAUACUGUUUCCUUCCUCAAGCUCAAGGGUUUCUGCUACAACUAGCCUUCGCUUUAUCUGCUAGAAGCCUGAUAAACCGUCUGAUUCUUAUUGGAUAAUUACUGGAUGACUGACAGCGAACCUCAUCAUGACCUGCUGAAGACUUUCCUGUCCAGCAGCAUGAUGCGACCUUCAUCUUCCUCGCUGUUCCUUUCAGUCAGGGCCAAUUAAUCCCAUUACUAUUAACUCUAAAAAAAAUAAAAUACGUAUUAGUUUCUAAUUCUGUUAUUUCUCAGGCUUUCUGCCUCAAGUUUUUCGAAGCACAACUAGAUAAUUGUCACGUUAUGUGUAGUAAAAGAGAGACCGAACUGGUGUCUUUGCAGACUGUAAGGGUUGACUUUAACAUGCGUGAAAAUCUAACCUUUAAUUUAUAUUUAGCGGCUCAAAUCAACCCUGUUAUGAUCUCUUAGUAAUGUAGCAUAGUUUUAAUUCUUAAUAACCGUGCACCAUAUCCAUAGUUUUGCCUUAAAACAACUUUUUAGAACAGUGGUCAGCACUGCGCUCUACUCCUUGUAUAUAUAUGUAAAUACCUAUUUACUAUAAUGUGACGUUCUUGUGAACCAAACAGGGAACUUGUUCAGUAUUAGUCAAUGAUACGGUUAAUUCUGUUCUUAAUUUAUCUCACUUUUGUACCUAUUUAAAUGACGUUUUGUUAUCUUUGCACGUGCUAAACAGUCAUUUGCAUCCCUGGUAAAGAUUUAUAUAAAAGUUUGUCCUUUUUCAAUUAAGCUCGUUAUGAAAUCAAACAUGUUUUAAUAGUAAAAAAUAAAAAAGGCGUAAAUAUAAUAAAUCUGCACAAAACAAAGCUUUAAAUUUAUUAUAUUUAAGACCAAAAACUAGAAUCUGGAAGUUGAGAGAAAAAAAUGCUAAACUUUUUUUAAGGAGAUUUUUAACAGUGAUGCCCAAAAUGAUUCAUAAUGCAGGUUAAGAUUUAAAAUUAUUUUCAUUUUAUUAAGAAGUUGUUUUCACCUGAAUGAUAACUUUUUAAAAAAUGACAGAAAAGGAGUGUAGAUUAAACAAAUAUUUUUACAAAUUAUUUUUAAACAUCUAUGCCUCCUUUUCAUCAUGAAAAUGUUUAGCUCCUCCCUCAAAUUCUUCAUAAUUAAACUCAUGCUAGAUCGGAAUUUAUGGAAAAACUUUUAUACAUCUUUACCAGGGAUUGUAUGCAUAUAGAAAAAUGCUGUAAAUCCCCCUAAAAAAAAUGUCUAACAGCCUGAGUAGCAGACCUGUAAGCCUAAUUUAUAGCGAAAGAUCAACACAGACAGUCAAAGUACAUGUGCCUAAACCAGAUAUAAAUAUUUAUACAUAUUUCUACCUCUAAAUUCUUGGCCAGGAUGUUGGAAAGAAAACCUUGCUGAGGUUUUAGAAAUGUGCUGAAAGCUCUUAUUUGUCACCUCUGUCAAAGUCCAUCAGACGGAUGAGAAACGAAUGUUUGAUAAGUUUAAAUCCUCAAACAUGAAAAAGGCGUUCAGAAAAGAAACGCGCUGAAGUCGUUCGGAGGUGGUCCACCAUGUUUGCGGCGACCACAGAAGGGAGAGGUCCUGCGGUCGGAGGGGUUUUUGGUCAGCAGCUGCAGAUUCAGCACUGAAGGAAAUGUUCACCUUCCUCCCCCCCAUGUUCCAGCUCAGAUAGGGAAGCUGAAACAUGGGUGAGGUCUCCUGUACCCUUAAAAGGCAGCAAUUAUCUUUUUUUUCCCAGUGUUUAAUUAGAAACUGCGCUACCGAGUAACAUUGUGUUGGGCUAACCUAACACGGCUCACGCUGACUAGCAUGAUAAUUAGGGAGUCGGAUAAAAGCCCGUUUCCAUCAGUGCUGUAGGCCUCAAGUGAUCGGCCCUGCGAAACGUUUAAAGGUCUGUAAGGCAGGUUUAUUUUUGGAGGGAACAGCAAUUUUCCAAAAGGGAGGCAGCAGAGCAACUCUUUGAUCUUAACUGGUGUUGCAAAUUAGAGAAAUGAAAUUAGAAACUAGUCGUCUUCAAGUUUAAAAAUAGUCACUCGAUUCCCUCGUUCAGCAUAUUGUGUUACAGCAUGUUCGGCAUAUCUGUUCAAACUGUAGCAAAGUGUUUCUUUAUGUAUAUAUGUGGGAUAUUGUACAUGAUAAAUGAAUUGUGAUUGAAUUCUGAUUAUUAGUUUGAAAUAAUAAAAUACACGUUUAUUACUGGAAGUUCUGAAAAUGAAGUGGUU